GUCACAGCCGUGAAUGUCACUAGAUAAUUAUACAGCAGUGUUGUGUAUUUUUCAUCACUUUUCAACACAUGUUUUGACGGCGAGUUAUUUGUCUAAUCCAGAUCAACAUGGCGGAGGAAGAGUUCACAGACAUAAAUGGCAACUCGAUUUCUUUAGAUUGUCAAACGCACUCCGCUUUCUGCAGAGAGUUUACUGUUAACUCACCCAAGCUGUCGUUGCGCAAGGUGAUGGUGUACACAUGCUUUAUUUGGAUAUUUGCUUAUGCAAUAUUUUUCUUCACGGAGAACACGGCUUUCCUCUCGAGCGCAAUCAUCGUCACGCUGGUCGGAAUGAUGGGUUAUAUUCAUUUCGUGAAGGUGGAUCAGGAGACGCUUCUUAUCAUCGGCUCGCUCGGUGUCCAGCUGUCUUCAGCUUACGCAUCUGGACGAGAAAGCACGACCUUCAUUGAAAUGAACAAACUUAAAGACAUUGUUAUCAACGAGGCUGUUUAUAUGCACAAUAUCAUAUACUAUCUGUGCAUUCUGAUCAAGGAUCCAGCAGAUCCUGACAAGGUCACCAGUCUUGUUCCUCUUUUCCAGAAUUCAAAGCCUCGACUGAAUUGUCUAGUGCACGUGUACAGAAGCUGUCAAGAGAUUCUUGCACAAACAAGGUGACAUAGAGGAUCAAGAUUGGAAAACUCCAGAGGAAACCUUAAGUGUGUUGUCACCUACAGUGCCAUUCCCUUUCUAAUGUAGGCUUUAGUAGUGAUUUGUUUGAUAUGUUUUGUUCACAUAAAUUUAGCUGCUACAAUAGCCUUUAUUUAAAAACAUUGUUAUUUAAUGACGUUUAGUAUUCCAUUUUCACUGUAUUUUCUGUAUUUUUAUAUAAAUUACACUCCUGCUGAUUUUGGUAUUUACACUCUUUAAUAUGUUUGUGUUUUAUAUAAAUGUAAAAUUGUGAUUAAUAAGAUAAAUCAUCUACACUGUUAAACAUUUUGCUCACUAAAAUGUUUAUCAAAUUGGCUUACUAUAGAUUUUUUAAAUGUCAUUUACAGUGUUUUUGUUUUUCCUUAUGACCUUAAACAACCACUAGGGGGACAUCUGUGCCUAGAACAAAAUCAGUUCGUCAGAUAUUGAUGAUGAAAUUAAUAACUGCCUGUUAUGUGCUGCUCUGAUUAUAACAAACCAACAUUUUAUUUAGAGUUUUAGUAUUUUAAUGACAUUCUUUCAUAUUUAAGAAUCAGUGAACAUGUAAAACUAUAUUGCAAUGACUAAAGUAAACUCUUUGACAAACAAGGUCAAGCCUGACGGGAAAUGUAGUCCCUUGUUUACAAAUCCUAAAACCACAUUCCUCUUCCUUUUUAAAGUGACAUCUUUUUUUAUUUUUGAUGGUACAGCCAUGAAAAAAGUACCAACUUAACGUCUUCUUAAUAUGAGUCUGUCCCUCUAUUCUAUUUUCUGUAUUUUAUAUAAACCACACUCCUGCUGAAUUUGGUAUAUACACUCUUUAAUAUGUUAGUGUUUUUAUAUAAAGGUCAAAGUGGAUUAAUAAAGAAAAAUCAUCUGCACUGUUAAACAUUUUGCUCACUAAAAUGUUUAUCAAAUUUGCUUAACAAUUAUUUUGAACUACUAUAGAUUUUUAAAUGUAUUUACAUUACGUCAUUUACAGUGUUUUGUUUUUCCUUUUGACCUUAAACAACCACUAGGGGGACAUGUGUGCCAAUUUUUGAACCUGGAACAAAAUCAGUUCGUUAGAUAUUGAUGAUGAAAUUAAUAAUUUCCUGUUUGGUGCUGCUCUGAUUUUAACAAACCAACAUUUAAUUGAGAGUUUUAGUAUUUUAAUGACAUUCUUUCAUGUUUAAGAAUCAGUGAACAUGUAAAAUUAUAUUGCAAUGACUAAAGUAAAUGUUUCAUGUACCUAUAAUAAAAUGAAACAGAAAAGCUGUUUUUUAAAUUAAGGUAUUUUAGUGUUUUCUCAGCUUUGUAAGCAGAUCUUAUUUGGUCACAUUUGUUGUGGGUCACUUGAGGGAUUAUGCUAAUCCAUCUCAUUCGCUUUUUGGUGUCAGCAUUUAAUUUUGUUACUGCUUUUGUCAAGGAAUUGUUUUUUCUCCAAAGCAGUUUACAUCUAAGAUUUGGCAUACAAGCUACUCUGACUGUAACUAUGUGCCAUCAAUUUAAUUCAAGGUCUGAUUGCAUGCCUCUUCAAAGUGUUCAAAAUGCUUUUUGGGUCAAAUGUUAAACGUGGUUAAAUGAAUUGCUAUCUAGAAUUGUGCCUAAUGUCAUGAAAUGGAAAUGUAUACUGUAUACCGCCUGUGCAGACCAGAAGACAGACAACAGAAGGCCAGUGAAGCCUUCUCGCAAUAUCAGUUUCAUAUUAUUUCUGGAGAGCAGCUGUUGCAAACGUUCAUCAUUCCAACUCGAACUACCUUCUGCGGUGUCAUGAAACACAAAACUUUGUUUCUGUGUUUAUCUUUGUGUAUUCCACCAACCCUCACGUGUUUUCCAUAUCGCCUCCGUCCUAUUUUAAUAAACUACAGGUUCCUUAUAUGAACUGGCUGGCUGUUUUGUGCUUGAGGGUGAGGGCUGUCAUUCAAGUUUACCUGUCAAGAAAAAGAAAAGAGAAACUGCCA